AACACGGUGACGCGUCCCGUGUGCAAUAGCCCUUUCGCCACGAAGAACGCGAAUAAUAUUUUGUAUACUUUUUCAUAUUUUCCUUCGAAGAAAUUGUAUUUCUCCAUCUCACUGUCAGUGCCAAUAGAAUCGAAUAAGUGGCAAGUGGCAUUAUGCGUUUCUUGAAGAAGAUGGCAAUUUAAUAAAGCAAAGGAAGAAAUAAUCUCUUAUGCGAAAGGGAAGCAACGAAAACUCAGACUCUAGCGAUAAAGAUGUAUGGGAAUGCCUUGUGAACGCCGUGGUGAACAGGCGAUGGAUGAACGGACGUCGAGCGAAGAACGUGAGACAACCCUGCCAAGAAAUGCCGAUAAUCUGUCAAACCGGAUUUCGUCAACAUCCACGUCUGAAUCAACAAAUAACGACGUGGCCAAGGAAAGACUGGCGAUAGAGGAGCGACUGGCUGCCAAAAUGUUUUCCUACGAAAUUAUCUGCUUUUUCCUCGCGAUUACUUUUACCGCUAUGGCAGCUCUACACAGCACACCUCCCAAAGUUUCCAAACCUCCUAUAGCAAAGCCUUUCUUUGAUAAGAAUUCCGUAGUAUUGGAUUUCUAUAAGGGUCAUUUAGAUGCGAUGAUCGAAAGGAUAACGCAGGCCGAUUUUAGUUUUGUUAUGUAUUACGCUCCUUGGGAUGCAGAAAGCCAGGCUCUACGUAACGAGUUUGAAAGUGUUGCUCAGUUUUAUCAUCCACAGAUAUUCUUUGCAGCCAUUAAUUGUUGGCAUCCUGAUUCAGAAUGCAGAGUGCAAUAUAAUAAAAUUCAUGGUUAUCCAGUGCUGAUGCUAUAUCCAGCCAGAGAAUCUGGUAUCAAUUACAGAGGAAUUCGCACAGCACCAUACAUGAUUAAUUUCCUAGAUGCACUUAUGAAUCCCAUUGUCAGAAUAACACACAAAGAACAACUAACAGAAUUGUUGAUUGCCAAUGAUGCAGUGGUCAUAGGAUACUUUAAUUUUACAAGGUUAGAUAAAACUCCUGGAUAUCGAGAAUUUUAUAAGGCUGCAAUACGAUCACUAGAAAGAGAUCCUAAUAGAGAACUGGUAUUUGCUAUAGUAACUAGUGCAUCAUCUAGUAAAUUACAUUUUGGAGUCUAUAAGUUUCCAUCAGCAAAUUUACUCAUGUGGAAUGAAUCCUUAAGUUAUCCAGAAAACAAUGAAUGGACAUCCGAGAAUAUCCUCAAUUGGAUUAGCAGUUCUAUUCAUCAACCAUCCCUUUGGCUACAACCCCCGGGUGUCAAAGCGCUCACUUUUGCACCUUAUCUACGUGAAGGACCAGUCUUAUUUCUUUUCACACCACGGAAUCCACUUCAUACAGAAAAUUACAUUUACAAUCUGAUAAGAGAACUCGGCUUACAAUAUUAUAACUGUGCAGAUAAUAUGCUAGUAAAAGAUAUAAUCACUCGUCUGGAAAAUAAACGAAGUACAGCGAUGAUUCGUCAUUUGUCUAGAAAUCAAGAAUGUGCCCAUCUCCUGAACAAGACUAAAAUCUAUACAGAACAAGUAAAGGAAUCUAUUACUACCAUAUCAAUUCAACAAUGGAUUAAUAACAGCUGUUGUGCAAAUGUGGCGAUGAAUAAGUGUUCUUUAUGCAAAACAAAGGCGACAAAUCUAUUAGAAAAGGAGAUCUACAGAGUUAAAAAAUUUGGUGAUGUUUGUAAAGAUACUGAUGUAUUCACAUCUCUUAGUAUGAUCGGACAAUACGAGGAGCAAAUAAACAAUUAUAACAAGAACUACAUGGUAAUGAGAGUACAGGAAAAGUCAAAAUUAAAAAGGCUACAUACAGAUAUGAAGUAUAAAACAUCGUUAUUAAAGGAAGAAAAUGAUUCCCGAUCUGCGAGCAUUGUAAAGAGAAAUUUUUUAAAAGAAAGUUGCAAAAGAUGGUUGGCUGGAAAUGAUUAUUAUCCAUCAUUAUUUCCGCAAGAUUCUACAAAGAAAUUUAAUAUCACCUUAAAAGAAUUGGUUUGCAAAACCAACAAGACACUAGCUUUAAUAGCUAUUGAUAGUUUGCAUUAUUCCCAUUUUGCAGAACAUCUUGGGAUUGAUAUUUCAAAGCGAAGAAAUAAAAGUACUGUUGUAAUCUUGGAUGCCGCACUAGAAAGUCAAUACAUCAUGCAUCAUGAUUUCAGCGAAUACACUCUCAUCAAUUUCAUAAACAAUUAUACACAAGGUUUGCUAGAACGAACAUUACGUUCAAGCAAUCCACAACACCAUAGAGUGCAAAAAUUACAUAAUGAGAAAAACCACAAUAAUAUAGAUUCUUAUUCCAAAAUUCGUAUAUCAGAAUUAACAACAAAAACAUUUUUGGACACUAUUUUAGAUCCAUCUAAGGAUGUCGUUGUAAUGUACUACUCUCCUUACUGUGGAUUUUGUAGUGCUAUAUCAUAUGUAUAUUUAACAGUGGCGUAUUACUUAUCCAAUAUGGAUCAUCUAAUCUUUGUAAAAAUUGAUGGGGACAAUAACGAUUUACCAUGGGAAUACAGCAUGAAUCGCUUUCCAUCUAUUUUAUUUUUUCCUGCGAAGAGGAAGGAGGACAGCACUGUAUUUCCCUUUUCUGUUCCUAUUACUAUCCCGAACUUGUUGAACUUUGUGCUAGCGAACUUAAACGGUGAUUCCCACAUCGAAGCUUUGAUCAACAUCUGUCAAGCGGGAACUGGCGAGGCGCCAGAUAAAUGUAUUACUAGAAUACGAUGGCUGUGCUUAGAUAUUAUCGAGCAACUUUUGCUAGAUUACAGAAAGCUAAGACGGCAUUUAAAUUUUUUAGAUAAAAAAGUUGCACGCAAUAAACGUAAAAUCAUUCUUUUUAAAUUAGAGCAUAUCAAAGAUAUUCAUUUAAUUUUGGGUUCUACCAUUGAUCUUGAUAGAAAGAAAGAUCGAAAGAAGGCGCAAUUGAUUAAGAGAAAGUUUCACAAAUACUAUAAAGUUAUUAGAUUGCUAGAAAUUGAUAACAAGAUAGAAAGACGGCAUUUUAAAUCUAAGGAUGCAAUACCAACUGCUAAACGAGAAUUGUUGAGAAGUGAAUUGUGAUAUAGAUUUCGCCUUACAAAAAUCAAGAUAUGUCUAUGCAAUGAUAAAUAUGUUAAUUAAUAUAUAUCUAUGUGACAACAGAUAUUAAUAUUUUGGGAUAUUCUCGAUAUUUCGGCAACUAGAUCGAUGUUAAAUUAUAAAGAUAACAUAGAUUUUUUAACUUAAUUAUCAUUUCUUAUAAAAUAUAAAAGAGGAAAAAAAUCAUAAAAAAGCAUGUAUAAAGUCUUAGUAAAAAUACAAGAUUAAAUAUAAGAACAUGUCAGCAAAUAUUUAUUAAUGAAGAAAAUGCGAGCGACUUUAAUUAAAAAUCUUAGCAUAUACUCCAUUAAAUGUAAAAUAUAUAUAGGAAUUUUGAAAGUGCAAAACUAUUGAUAACUAUCAUACAAACGUUUUCCAGAUACAUAAAAUUUAUACAUAUAUGCAGAGAGCUUUAAACACAUGUCUAAUAUAUUUCCCAACUCUAGUCACAUCAAAGUUCUAAAAAAAUUUAUAGUCUAAGCUCAGAGUACUCUUUUAUUUAAAUUAGUUUGAUUGAUCGAUUAUAAUAAAAAUAUUGAAUAAGAUAUUUUGAAUGUGCUAUCAAAAAAUAUUUUUGUGCACGUGAUGUACAUUAUGCGUUACCCACUGAAAACAUUCGUGGACGUUGGCUACGUAGUUCAAUGUUUACGUUUCUAUGUCCACAGAGGGCGUAUCAUUUUGAGAGAUCACCUGAUAAGCCUGAAACCGGACCGUGAUGUCGCUUAGGUUUCUCUUUGUAUAUUUUAUGAAUUGAAAGAAUAAUAAAUAAUUCACAAUUCCAUUUCCAAUUCCACAGUUCAAAUUGAUAAAUAAAAACAAAACAUCUCUCU